ACGUAACGUCCACGCCACGAUUCUAUUGGUUCGUUGUUGAGUUGAUUGGUAAAGGGAAACGGCUGUCAACUAUUUAGAUACUGAGAUGGAGGGUGCUCGGCGGCAUGCUCAAAACACACGGAGGAUGGACUCGGUCCGUAGUAGAAGUAUCUGUAGGCGUUUCAUAAAUGGCUCUUGCAGAUUUGGUCCAAGGUGUAAUUAUCGUCAUGAAUGGCCAGUUAUACCGUCAGCCCAGAUAUGUAGGUACUUCCAGAAAGGUGGAUGCUGGUAUGGUGAACGCUGCAGAUACCUCCAUGUUCUUCAACCUGAAGUUGAUGCAGCUGUUGCAGGUAGAAGAGGUUCAGUGCCUGCCGUCUCCUCCUCCUCCUCCUCCUCUGUGGCUUACGCUCAACCUGACAGAAGGGGGUCAGAGCCUGCUCUUCUGCAGGCUGAGGUGAUGUCCAGGCAGGAAUGCCGCAGAUCAGAGGUGAUGCCUAAUGUGUCAAAUCCUCAACUCAACAUUGGGCGCCUGGCAGCACAUAUUGCGGAGGAACCAUUGCACGAUACUCUCUCUGAUCACACUGCUUAUUGUGAUUCGAACCAGAGCUCUGAGGAUGCACAAGCAUGUGUUGGAAGAAAUGAGCAGGAGACUUCUUCCAGUUAUACAACAGAGGAUGGUGGAGCUGCUGCUGCGCCCUCUAGUACCCAAGGGAAAGUGGAGGAAAUGCAGGCCUACCUCCAGAGUAAAAAUGUGACUUGUGGGAUCUGCAUGGACAAAGUGUAUGAAAAGACAGACCCAAGAAACCAUGUCUUUGGAAUCCUUCCAAACUGCAGUCACGCUUUCUGUUUACAAUGCAUCAUGACCUGGAGGAAAACAAAAGACCUCGGGCCGGACGUGGUUAAGAGCUGCCCACAGUGCCGCAUAAGGUCACCCUUCUAUGUGCCUAACAACUACUGGGUUGAAGGUCAAGCAAAGGAAAGGGUAGUCGCUGCCUUCAAAGAGAAAUUCAGUAAGAAAAGCUGCAGUUACUACACGAGAUACAGAUGCUGCCCCUUCAAAGCAGAGUGCCUUUAUCGACAUGACAAACAUGCACGUCACAGGUCAUUUCCGUAUCAUACAGAAGAUGAAGACGAUUAUGAUGGCGUCGACCUUCUUAAUCUUUUCAUAGCCAUGACCCUUCUAGGUGGUGAUGACGAUGAUGACGACUUUGACUUUCCUUUUUACCUUUCUGAGGAGUGUGAUUUCUGAGGGUUUUUUUUUUUUUUUUUCCAGUCUUUUUGUCAGUGCCUGAAACCACUGAAUGUGAUGGGGUUUUAAUUAUAAAACUGGCCCCAGAAGAACACAUGGCUGUAUUUUGACCCUUCUGUCAGUAUUGAAACAUCUUGUUGAGAAGCCAUGUUCGAGAUCAGUGAUAUCAACCAUGCGCCAUGAUGGGGCCAAGUGUGUUCAGGUUUUUAAUUGCAGCCAGACUAUAGCAGGUAAUUUUACAGAUUAGCACUCAUUCAACCAGAGAGUAAUCAAAUCAGCUGCUACAGUCUGGAAAGGGGAAUCUGUACACUUGGCUCGCCACAACACAUGCUUUUGGUGCCCCUGCUCUAGAAGUAAGCGCCCUAGAUGGGACACUAUAACCUCUAUCUCUAAUGAUUGUGUGGUUAAACUGUGGCCUUCUAGUUUGGAUUUAUUUCACCCUCCCAUGGCCAUAGAGUAAAACAUGUAGACUGUUAAUUUUGAGUGCUUAUUUCUGACUUCUGUCUGAGGAAUUGUGACCAUUUUGAUAUUUUUAAGUGUUGCGUGGAUGGUAGUUUUAAUUGUCUAUACUAUUACCCUCCUUGCUAAUGUCCACUAGUGAUGGUACCUGUCUAAGGUAACAGCCACAACGCCCCUCUUCCUAGGUUUGACAAGAAUGUAAAAUGUUAAGAUUUUUAUUUCUUUUAAAGAAGUUGUACUUGUACACAGAAAAUAAAACAUUGCUUCACACUGUC